GGCAAUCGCUUUGUGCUAUCCGAGAGUCAGGACUAGUCAGUCGGGUAGCCGACUUGAUUAUAAUUUAAAUAAUUUCUGCUCAUUUACCUCCGAUUAACACACCGAGCGCGAUAGCUAAAAAAAACAACAUGAGCGUUUUAUAUUUAUAAAACACCUUGGGCACAAAGAAACAGUUGGUUACCGAAUGUGCUGAAACAAUUUCUGGUCCACGAUGUUUAAAAAAAUUGACGUUCUAUUCAUAAUAUGUCCAUUGUUACUGUGUUGUCAGCUGGUACGAAAAACAGAAGCUGUUGUGGGUGUCAGCGAAAUCCUCGACAUAAUCAAGAUCGCAAAGGAUGUGGUGGUGACAGUGGCGAAGACAUGGAACAUUGUGGAUCAGCACGUCGAUUUCUCGAACAUCCCCAUACCUAUUCUGGAUAAAACGGAAGCGAAAUUGUUCGGGAAACUCGGCAUUAUAACCUCGAAAUUGGAUCAGCUGAAUCAACAAAUCGAUGCAGUCGGCACCAAUACCAUAUCGACGGUACUGCAUUCGCUCCAAGAAAGGGUGCGACUCGAACUACGUCUCAACGAUCUAUCGGACUACAUCACUCGCAUGGACGUCAUCUACAGGAACUUCGAGAACUACGCCAAGAACAAGCGGAACUUUGAAAAAUUCACGCUUGAGGAUUUCGCGAAAAGCGUCAUCUCGCACGACUCCAGCUCGGUGAUGAGCCUUUUGGAAAGGAUACACGCUUUCGUGUCACCGGGAAAUAGGGGAGUCACAGAUAGCGGGGUGAUGAUCAUAUUGAGUAGGGCUCUUGAGCUCAAGUAUCACACCUCUCGUACCCGACAGAUAUGCCCUCUACCGACAAUACACGCCCUGAAUAAAGUGACAUUUCCCUGACACGACAACGACAAUGGACGCGCUCAAGAAACUGUUGUGCCUUUGCGUGUGUUUGUGCGCCUGCUCGGCUCGAGAUCCCGCGAAAAUAUCCGCCGUCGACCGAUUGCGAUACGACUUCUUGCGAUUGGAAGAGGAGCUGUGGGCCGACGUGCUCGGGUACACGGAGAAUCACGUCAAGGAGGCCGACGAGGUUACCGAGAGAGGGCCGGAAGUGAACCUCAUCAGGAAGUUCGAAAGGUUCGGCGAUACGGUCCAGGAGCUCACGCCCAACAACGACCUCACCUACGGCUUGACCGCCCUCGACUCCGUGUGGGCGUACCAGCUAGCCCUAGCCGACCUGCGCGCCAUUCACGCCCUCUACGACACCUUCAGGCGGUUCCAGGGCCAGCAGACCGCCCGCGGGCGCGUGCCGUCGCCCAAGAGAGCCUGGAUCGAUCUGGCCGCGGGCGUCCUGUACGACGCCAAGGGCAACGUCGACGGCUCGUUGGAGAGGGUGCAAGUGGCCAUCGAGACAGGAAUGUUCGCUAGCGCCAGGAAGGAAGUAGAAGGAGACAUGCUUUGUAAUGCGAAGCAAUCACCUCAACAAGUCCUUUACAAUUUAUACAAUACCAUAGCAAUAACGGAACUGAAAGGCUAUACCAUGAUACAAUUUUCGUACAUGCUGCUCAGGCUAUACAAUCAAGGAAAUUUCACCACCGAAGCUCAAAUAAUGAGAGACAGAUACGAACAACGAACGAAUAAUGCUAUCGAAGUCAUGAGGAAUGCCAUGACGAAUUCUUCCAGGCAACUGUGGAACUGUGAUCCCAAAAAACACAUCAAAGGAGAUACCUAUGAAGAAAUUACUCAACUCCUGCAAGGUUAUGUCCAAAAUGAAGUGGAUCUCAACUCGGAAGGUACUUGCAGAGAAAACUGCGCCGAAUAUACAUACACAAAGAGUCACGACUGUUUCAAGAACCUUUACUGUAGACAACAGAGGAGAUGUAAUGGUAAAAUCAUAAACUGCCGAUACUUCGACUCUGACAUGUGGAUUUGUCCAGCGGAUCCAUUGAGCGGUCGUCGAUACGAAUACAUCGAAUAUGAGAACGGUAGGGUUUUGGGACGAAAACAGGGAUGCAGCAGAGGAUCAACCAAAGUGGACAGUUGGUGGAGGUAUCUGUUUUGGCACUGCUCGUAUUGUUUCUGUCUGUGCGACGAGCAAGGAAGCAACUCUGACAGAUACGUGAAUAUGAGACCUUCUAUAGCUGAUACUGACAAUAACAUGAUUGUAACUGGAAUGAGAUUUGUGAAGAAAAACCGUAUCAUCCAUCUUCAAAUUCAGGAAGGAAAAUUGAUCGAGAGAGGUAGGAUUGAUAUCAACACAGUACAUUGGGUGCCGGUUGAAGAGUACAAAAUAACUGACAGCAAAAUCUUCAACGGACAGGACUAUCACACAUUCACUUGGGAAAAGCGAGCUUUAGAUCUUGAUGAUCUAGAAGCUGAUCCUGGGUAUAUACUCACAGGUAUUCGUUUCAAGGAAAUUGGUUCCCAUCUGAAUUUCGAGAUAUACGUGACCAAGUUUGAUUUCGACACAGGAAAACUUAUCAAUCCUCAGAGUACUAGUAUUUGGAAAGAUAACCCGAAUACAGAUUCUUCUAGGUCGAAUCCAAGGACGAAAGUGCACCUCAACCAGCCGGACAUCCCCAUCAGGUCUCCCUCCCCCUCCGUACCGGAUUCGAGGAGUGACCAAUACAUCGAAUUCACCAAUUCGGACUUGGACAGGGACGCCGGGCAGACGACGGUGCCGUUUUUGGACGCCCAAAAGCUCGAAUCGCUUCAGGCGGUGCCGCUUUCGGGCGCCGGGGUGUUCCACAAGGGCAGGCCCUUCUUCGGCGGGUUUGUUACCCCCAAAUUGAUCACGUACGAUUUCAGCAAGCAUUUGAAGGCCGCUUUUCCCGAAGAAGAGGUCAAUUGAGCUCUUUAUUUAAAUUAGAUUGUGUUUUGUAUUAAGCGAUAGCAUAGAUAGUAAUAGUCUCAAAUGGUGAGAAAAAUACAGUUUUCAGAUGUUUUUCCUAAAAUUGCAUUGUGAUUAUUAAAAUGAUUUUUAUCAAUUUUAUAAAUGGAAUUUUAUGCUUAAGAGUGAAAUAUAUCAUUAAAAAUAGCAGAUAUAUUCGACUGUGAUUCAGGAUUUUAAACUAAAAUGGACGAUAAUUGAAUAAGUGAUAAGCUGAACAAUUUUAGGGAUUCAUUCAUGCAUGUAUAUUAUGCCCUCAAAUGUUCGUGAAUUUUAAAUGAAUAAAAAAAAGAUGUGUAUUUCAAUAUUUCAGCUCAACCUGACCAAUUGAAAAUUUGUAUUUUACCUGCUUUGAUUACACUAGAACGUUACUUCUUCGAUAUGUUUCCCAAUGUCAUAAGAGAAAUAUGUCUUCAAGAAACAAGAUAGUAGAUUUUUUUAUUAGUAUAAAAAGUGACACUUUGUUUGACAAGCGAGUUUAGCAUUUGCGAGGCAGAGCGAAAGCAAAAUUUGCGAAUAGUAAAACAAAUAUCUUUCUAUUCAAUGGUUUUGUCAAUUUUUUCCAUUUCAUCCAAUAAUGCCCAUUUCCUCAAUUUUAUCCAGGGGACUGGACAAAAUCAAAAGAAGUGGAGAAAAUGUCUAUCCUUAUUGUGAUUAUGGAAAUUUAUUAUUGAUUUUAUAAAUGGAAUUAUAUGCUUAAGAGUGAAAUGUAUCAUUAUAAAUAGAAGAUAUAUUUGACUGUGAUCCAAGAUUUCAAAGUGAAAGGGAUGAUUACUGAAUAAAAUAUAGUAAGGC